UAAUGAACGUUGAUAUAUAAAAAGGUAGAGAAAGACCUGUUCGAAGAAACGGAUUAGUUAAUGGUCUUAAUCCAUACCAAACUGUUAGUUGGAUUUAUACUCUUACUGAUAUCGUUAUUGCUUACAUAUUUUCAUUUUCGUUUGAGGAGUAUGGCAUUCAUGUAUUAUUUAAUUUUAUUAUUAAGGAACUUUUGAUCAUCUUAUUAACAAUUAUUGUUACAACCAUUUUUUAUAGUUGCCUUAAGGCUACUCUAAUAGAUCCGACAGAUUCUAUAGUGAAAUAGGAAAAAUUAUACAAAAAAUAAGGGUAAAUAUAUUUAUUAUGUUAAAGUAAAGAAUUUAAAACUGAUAUUAAAUCAUAUUGUUUAGUUUGUUAAGCACAUGUAUAAGAAAAGACAAAACAUUGUUGGAGUUGUAAUAAGUAAUUUAAGAUUUGUAUUAGAUGUGUAUNAACAUUGUUUAUAAAACAAAUCUCAUGUUUGAUCAUUAAAUUGAUGCUUCAUUCUAUCCUUAUCAUUUAUAAUCAAUCUAUAAUAUGGAUUAUAUGAGAAUAAAUGUAUUGGCUGCUACUGCUGCUUCAGCCUAUUUAUGGUAUUUCCAUCAUAUGUCUAUGAAUGAUAUUGGUAGAAAUUACGUUACUAAAGUUUAAUACAAUUAAGAUAAGGAAUUAAUCUUUGUCACUAGAAUGGGAUCAUUUGGUGUUAUUAGAGAAGAUGUAUUUGAAACUCAUCAUCUUGAAGUAUUGCCAUAUUAUACUAAAUCUGGUGUUUAGAAUAUGAGAUAAAAUGUAUAUAUUCUUUAAUCAUUUAAUAUAGGAUUUAGGAAUGUAUGAAUUGUCAUGUUUGAAUAAAUAAGAAUUAAUGUACUUAUAUAAAGAAGAUGCAUUCUGGAAUCCUAAAUUAAAAACAUAAUUCCUAACAAAUCAUACUCAAUUGAUUUCCAAAUAAUACUUUGGAUUAAAGAGGUAAUGUUUUAAUUUUAAACAAUAUUUUUAGAAAUGAAGAAGAAGAAUACCAGAAGACUUAAACUAUAGGAGAAUUGCCAUUAAAAGAUUUACCUGCUCCUUGAA